AUGAUUAAAAAACACACACAAAUAAAAAUGAAUAAUAAUUUAACAAUAACAAUAAUAAAUAUAUUACUUAAUUUAAUAGAUGUAUUAUGUAUAGUUUUACCUGUGUUAUUAAGUGUUGCUUUUAUGACUAUUAUAGAAAGAAAACAAUUAGCCGCCCACCAAAGAAGAGUAGGUCCCAAUAUUGUAGGAUAUUAUGGUCUAUUACAACCUUUUGCUGAUGCUUUAAAAUUAAUACUUAAGGAGACAAUAAUACCUUCUCAAUCUAAUAAAGUUUUAUUUUUUUUAGCACCAAUAUCUACUUUAAUUUUUAGUUUAUUAGGUUGGGGUAUAAUCCCUUUUGGUCAAGGUUUAGCUUUAUCUGAUUUUUCAUUAGGAAUUUUAUAUACUUUAGCUUUAUCCUCUUUAGGAGUAUAUGGAGUAUUAUUAGCAGGUUGGUCAGCUAAUUCUAAAUAUGCUUUUUUAGGAUCCUUACGAUCUACUGCCGCAAUGAUAUCUUAUGAAUUAAUUUUAAGUUCCGCAAUCUUAAUAAUAAUCUUAUUAACAGGAUCUUUAAAUUAUAAUACUAUAAUAGAAAUUCAACAAUCUGUUUGGUUUAUUAUUCCAUUAUUACCAGUAUUUAUUUUUUAUUUUAUAGCUAUUUUAGCUGAAACUUCUAGAACUCCUUUUGAUCUUCAAGAAGCCGAAUCUGAAUUAGUAGCUGGUUUCUUUACAGAGCAUUCAAGUGUUCCUUUUGUUUAUUUUUUUUUAGGUGAAUAUUCCUCAAUAGUAUUAUUUAGUUGUAUUACUGCUAUUUUAUUUUUAGGUGGAUAUAAUUUACCUGAAGUAUUUGUAAAUAAUUCAAUAAUUAAUCUUCAAUCUAUAAUAUUAGGUUUAAAAACAUGUAUUUUCUGUUUUUUCUUUGUAUGGUUCCGAGCUACUUUACCUAGAUUAAGAUAUGAUCAAUUAAUAGAACUUUGUUGGUUAAAUCUUUUACCUGUUUGUGUUGCUUUUAUUAUUUUAAUUCCAAGUAUUUUAGUGUCAUUCGAUUUAGUUCCUUUCUAA